AUGUCCCAAAUACCGUACCUCCUAGCUGAACUCGAAAAGCCGAAGCGUCUGCCGUCGCGGGAUCGCUGGGGCAACUACUUGCAAUUUAUACUGACUUGCGUGGGGUACGCGGUCGGCCUCGGCAACGUUUGGCGCUUCCCCUACUUGGCGUAUCAUCAUGGUGGAGCCGCCUUUCUGCUCCCCUACAUCUGCUGCAACGUCUUCUUCGGCAUGCCGUUGCUGUACCUCGAGUUCAGCCUCGGCCAAUAUUUACAGAGAGGUCCCGGGAUGUCCUUCUUCCUGAUGAAGCCCAUCCUGCAGGGCAUCGGCUGGGCCAUGGCGGCCGUGUCGUUGCUUAUUGGCCAGUACUACAACGUCAUCAUCAGCUGGAUCCUCCUCUACCUCAAGCAGGCCGCCCGCGUUCAGGAGUGGACCAAAUGCGAGUGGGACCACAGCUCCGAGCUGUACAAUCCACACGACAAUGAAGUUUUUCCAGAUUGCAUCUCCGUCCAGGACAACGAGAUCUGGUGCCGAGAAGCGGAGGACCGUUACGGGAACAAGACGCCGUACGCCUACAAUCACACGUGCUGGCCAAGCCUCGCCCCGUUCAACCAGACGAUCACGGCGACGCAGAUAUUUUUGGACAAGUUCAUGCUCGGCGACACGAAAGACAUCAGCGUGUUCGGCCAGUUCCAGAUCAAGAACCUGAUCGCGCUGAUCGUCGUCUGGCUUCUGGUGGUGCUCAUCCUGUGGAAGGGGGUGGCCGUGAUUGGAUCGGUUGCCUACGUCACAGCCACGGUACCGUACUUCAUCAUAGCGAUCCUCUUCGCUCGCGGGAUCAUGCUCGACGGCGCGUCGAUCGGAAUCGAGCACUACCUACUUCGCCCCGACAUGGCCAAGCUGACCGAUGCGGCUACCUGGAAAGCCGCCCUCUCGCAAGUGUGCUUCUCGAUGUCGGUCGGCGUCGGCGGGCUGCAGUCGAUGGCGUCGUACAACGAGCCGAAGCACAACACGCUGCGGACUCAUACUCACCCAAUGACUUCAGGCGUGACCCUGGCUUUCGUCGCCUACCCGGAAGCGAUCUCGACCAUCUUCCUGGCCCCGAUGUGGUGUUUCAUCUUCUUCCUCAUGCUCUUCCUGCUCGGGAUCAGCACCCAGAUUGUCUACAUGGAAACGGUCGUGUCGGCAUUCGUCGAUCGAUGGCCCCAAUUCAAGACCUCGCGUCUCCGCAUCAGCAUUAUCGUCUGCUUCGUCUGCUUCUGGCCCGGGUUCUUGAUGUGCUUUGGGUCCGGCGUCCAUUGGCUGAAGCUGUGGGACGACUUCAGCUCGAUGGCGCUAUGUUUUGUGUGCUUCUUCGAGAUUGUGGCCAUCAGCUACGUGUACGGAUGGCAAAACUGGCGCCACGACCUCGAGGCGAUGUUCGGCCCGCCCAAGUCGACGUUCGGUCGAUACUUCGGGUACACCGGCUACUACUUCUUCAUGUCGUGGAUGGCCAUCGGACCUUGUAUGGGUGCGCUAAUGAUCCUGUUCUCCGUUUCGAAGAGCGUCAAAGAAAUUCAAGAUGGCGAGAACUAUUGGUGGGUGACGCUGAUUGGGUGGGCGUUGGCCGUGUUCGUCGUCGGCUGCAUCCCGGGGUGCCUGCUAUGGAAUAUCUGCUUCUACCGUAGCCAGGGGAAUACAAAAGCCGCCUUCCGUGUCCACGAGAAGCACCGCUCGUACGCGCGCCUCAAAAAGGAGGCCGCCGCCGGCGUGGCGUGCCCCGGGUUCUUGGAUCGAUUCCUGCCUGGAGCCGAUGGAUGGGAUGAUGACGCCCUUCUGACGAGAAGCACGGAAACGGAUGAGAAAUCGAGCUAUCAAACCAAGUCCACGAAGUCAAACAAAUCGACCAAUUCGUCCAGCUCCGGAAAGUCCAUCAAGUCGCUGGCGGCCGCGCAUUCGAUGAGCGAGGAGCAGCCCCCGCCUGGAUCCCGAGAUGACUCUAACGAUCGUCAGCCUUCCAACUCGCAGCCGCGACCUCCUUCCAACCCAGCGCCCGGCGCUUCUGAGGCUCCACCUCGUGCUCCAGAGGACAGGGAACGUUGGCACAACUACAUCCAAUACAUCCUCACCUGCAUCGGUUACGUCGUCGGCCUGGGCAACGUCUGGAGAUUCCCGUACUUGGCGUAUCAGAAUGGUGGAGCCGCCUUCCUGUUCGUCUACCUGUUAUGCAACAUCUUCUUCGGGUUGCCGCUGCUCUACCUCGAGUUCAGCCUCGGACAAUAUUUACAGGCUGGUCCCGGCACGGCGUUCCACAUGUUGAAGCCGGUAAUGCAGGGCGUCGGCUGGUCGAUGGUGGCGGUCUCGUUCUUCAUCGCCAUCCACUACAAUGUCGUCAUCGCCUGGAUCGGCUACUACAUGACGGCGUCGUUCUCGGUGGACACGUGGAGUCGCUGCGAGUGGUACUACAGCAAGACGGGGCAUCAUGAUUUGUGCGUCUCGGCCUUCGACUACCGGAAGUGCGUGGAGCGGGAGGGGUCGGACAACGAGUCCUCCUACUGGUCCAGCGCCAUGGAGACGUGCUUGGUCGUGCCGCAAAACCUGACCGAGACCCUGUGGACGGCGACGAACUUGCACUUGAGCCAAAACGUGCUUGGCGUCACGGGGAGCAUCACCGACUUUGGGGAGAUCCAGUGGCAGAGCAUCAUCGCGCAGGCCGUCGUCUGGGGCCUGGUCGCCCUGAUUCUAGCGUUUGGGCUGAAAGCUAUCGGCCUGUUGGCCUACAUCGCUGGCACGAUCCCGUACAUCAUCAUGGCGGUCCUCGUCGUGCGCGCCGUCAUGCUGGAGGGCUCGUGGCUGGGCAUCCAGCAGUUCAUUUGGUUCCCCGAUGGCAAGGGCUACAUGAAGCUGUUCGAGCAGCAGACUUGGGAAGCCGCCAUCACGCAGGUGUGCUUCUCCCUGUCGGUCGGGCUGGGCGGCGUCCAAGUUUUGGCCUCAUACAAUGACCAGAGCCAUGAUACGCUGAUGGACUCCCUGAUCGUCGUCGGCGCCGACAUCUUGAUGUCGUUGCUCGGGGCGACGGCCGUAUUCGGCGUGCUCGGCCAUCUCGCUUCUGUUCAGCACAUUCCUUUCGACGAGAUCGUCAGUGAUAUCGUCGCGGCCGUCAGCGAGCGCUGGGAGCUGAAAAGCUGGCGGCCGGUGAUCGGCGCCAGCGCGUGCCUGCUAGGGUUCUUGGCCGGCAUCGUGUUCUGCACCGGGGCUGGCAGCUACUGGCUGAUGGUGUGGGACCAGCACAGCUCGAUGGCGAUGUGCUUCGUCUGCUUCCUGGAGGUCGUGGCCGUCAUCUACGUGUACGGCUGGCAAAACUGGCGCCACGACCUGGAGAUGAUGUUCGGCGCGCCGGAGACGGCCAUCGGCCGAUAUUUUGGGUACACCGGCUACUUCUUCUUCAUGUCGUGGAUGGCCGUCGGGCCCUGCUUGAACAUGGUUCGUCGUGGUACGUGGACCGGCAUCGUCGGCUGGUGCUUGCCCUUGAUUGCCCUCGCCUUCAUCCCCGGCAUCGGCGCGUGGAACAUCUUCAAACACAAGAGCCGAGGGGACCCCUCCGGCGCCUACCGUGCCCACCCUUCGCACCCCUCCUACAAACGGCUGCGCAAAGAGGAGGCGGCCGGGAUCGCGCAACCCGGCAUCAUCGACUGGUUGCUCUUCCCCGCUGGAGUCCCCCGGAAAAUGGAGGGGAAUGGAGACCCCGAUGGCAGCCAAGCCGAGUCGCCGGCCCCCGAAGACGUCAACGAGUCGCCGCAGCAGAUAGACGCCGCACCCGCUUCAGCGCCGCCCACCACGCCGGAACCGUCGGCCGGCGGUGGCGAGACGACGGAGACCAAGGAGAGCGAGCCGCCACGCGACCGCUGGGGCAAUUGGUUUCAGUUCAUCCUCACCUGCAUCGGCUACUCGGUUGGGCUCGGGAACGUUUGGCGCUUCCCCUACUUGGCGUAUGAGAAUGGUGGAGCCGCCUUCCUGUUCCCCUACAUCUUCUGCAACAUCUUCUUCGGCAUGCCGCUCCUCUACUUCGAGAUGAGCCUCGGUCAAUACCUGCAGGCCGGUCCCAGCAUGUCCUUCUACAAGUGCAAGCCCAUCCUGCAGGGCAUUGGCUGGUGCAUGGCGCUCGUCUCCUUCCUCCUCAGCAUGUACUACAACGUCAUUGUCACCUGGAUUGCCCUCUACCUCACCAAGGUCCCGUCGAUCGAAACGUGGACAAAGUGCGGCAAUUCUUGGAAUGACAAUCGCACAUGCAUCUUUCUCUCGAAGGACUGUGCAGAGAAAAACUCGUCCGCGCCCAUCAACCACAUGGGCAAAUGCGUGUCCAAAACUGCCCUCGAGUGGGUCUCGAAGCAGGACAACGUGUCGGAGGCGCGGCGCUACGACACGUUCUCAAAUAAGGAGCCACUGCUCCUCGCCACCGCCACCGAGCAGUUCUGGGCCAAGGAUACGCUGCAACGCUCCGCCGGCUGGGACGACCUCGGCAUGCCGAUCACCAAGAACACGGUCGCACUGGCCAUCGUCUGGAUACUGGAGAUUGCCAUCAUGUGGAAGGGAGUGUCCGUGCUCGGCUAUGCCUCCUACCUCACCGCCACGCUGCCCUACAUCAUCAUGGUGAUCCUCUUCUUCCGCGGCGUCACCCUGCCCGGCGCGAAAGACGGCGUCAGCUUCUACCUGCUCGAGCCGAAGAUGGAGAAGCUGCUUUCACCUUCGACCUGGAAAAACGCGCUCUCCCAAGUCUGCUUCUCCCUCUCCGUCGGUAUGGGCGGCCUCGGCUCGAUGGCCUCCUACAACCAGCCCAACCAGAACACAAUGCGGGACGCGAUCAUCGUCGCCAGCGCCGACGCCGGCAUGUCGAUCUUCGGCGGUGUCGCCGCGUUCUCGGUGGUCGGCUACAUCGCCCAUAUGAAGAACAUCAAGGUCGAGGACGCCGUGGCUAGCUCAAUGGGCCUCGCCUUCAUCGCCUACCCGGAAGCCAUCUCGACAAUGGACCUUCCGUGGCUGUGGGCCGGCAUCUUCUUCCUGAUGUUGUUCCUGCUCGGCGCUAGCACCCAGCUUGUCUACAUCGAGACGGUCGUCUCGGCCGUCGUUGAUCGUUGGCCGAAGACGAAGGAGAAGCGCAUCUUCAUCGCCGCGGGCGUCGCCAUCCUGGAGUUCACCGCGGCGCUCAUCAUGAUGACCGGGGCGGGAAUCUACUGGCUGAACAUUUGGGACAAGUACUGCGGCACCUUUGCCCUGUGCAUCGCCUGCGCCACCGAGGCCCUCGGCGUGAUGUACAUCUACGGGUGGCAAAACUGGCGCCACGACCUCGAGACGAUGUUUGGUCCGCCGAAGACGACCUUCAGCCGCUACUUUGGGUUCACCGGCUACUACUUCUUCAUGGUGUGGAUGGCGGUGGUGCCGGCGCUGACCGCGGGCAUCAUCGUCUACUCGGUGAUGGCCGGCCGCGACCAGUACGAAAAGGACGCGAAAGGCAACCAGGCCUACUACCCCUGGCCCUCCGAGGUGCAGGGCUGGAUCCUCGGCUUCAUCCCGGUGCUGGCGAUCCCGGUGAUGGCGUGGUGGAACUGGAACCAGUUCAAAUCGAACGGGCAACCACAGGUGAUUCGGAGCCCGCCAGCCCCGCACCCGCCGCCAACCCCUCCGAGUCGUCGCCCGCCUGAGCAACGACUGGAUGAGCACCAGCUACCAUCCACAACAUCACCACCACCACCAUCAGCGUACCCACCUCCCGGCCCGUGGACGCACCUCGCCACUCAGAACGACGAGCCGAAGCGGGAGCGCUGGGGCAACUGGUUCCAGUUCAUCCUCACAUGCAUCGGGUUCGCCGUCGGGCUCGGCAACGUCUGGCGCUUCCCGUACUUGGCUUCAGAGCAUGGUGGAGCCUCCUUCCUGUUCCCUUACCUCUGCUGCAACCUGUUCUUUGGCAUGCCGUUGCUGUAUUUUGAGAUGAGCAUCGGGCAGUACCUGCAGUCUGGCCCCAGCAUGUCCUUCUUCAAGUACAAGCCCGUGCUGCAGGGCAUCGGCUGGACCAUGACUUGCGUGUCGUUUCUGAUCGGGAUGUACUACAACGUGCUCGUCUCAUGGAUUGCCCUCUACCUCAUCAACGCGCACGACGUCGACACUUGGACGUCCUGCCAGGGCGGCCCCUGGAAUGUGCGGGAGACCUGUAUCUCGUUGCGGGACAACCUGAAUCACUGCAAGAGCGGCACGACUACGUGGUACAUCGACAAAUGUGUCAACGGCUCGGCCGGCACCGAGACGGCUACGGAACAGUACUUGAACAACUACAUACUCCGAAAGACGAACGCCAUCGACGAUUUCGGGGGGCUACAGUGGAAGAACCUCAUCACCCUGUCGAUAAUCUGGAUCAUCGUCAUCCUGAUUCUUUGGAAAGGGGUGAAGAUUAUCGGCGUCGUCUCCUACAUUACGGCUACCGUACCGUAUUUCAUCAUCGCCAUCCUCUUCUUCCGCGGCGUGACGAUGCCGAACGCGUGGCAGGGCAUCCGGUACUACCUGUUCGAGCCCGACAUCGACAAGGUGCUCGAUCCGAAGACGUGGAAAGCCGCUCUCUCCCAAGUGUGCUUCUCCCUCUCCGUCGGCAUGGGCGCGCUGCAGUCGAUGUCGUCGUACAACGACCGCCAGCACAAUUUGUUGAGGGACGCUCUUCUAAUCGGCUGCGCCGACGCGUCGAUGUCACUAGUCGGCGGCGUGGCCGUCUUUUCGGUCGUCGGAAGCCUGGCUGCGGCCCAGGGCAAGGCCGUCAAGGACACCAUCAAGGACGGCAUGAGCCUCGCCUUCAUCGCCUACCCCGAGGCCAUCUCGACGAUGGACUGGCCGUGGCUGUGGGCCGGCAUCUUCUUCCUGAUGCUCUUUUUGCUCGGGAUCAGCACCCAGCUUGUAUUCUUGGAGACCGUCGCCACGGCUGUCGUUGAUCAAUGGCCACGGAGUAAGCCGUACCGCCUGAUUGUCGUCAUCGCCAUCUGUUUCCUAGAGUUCAUCCCUGGAGUCCUGAUGUGUAGUGGGGCCGGCAUCUACUGGCUGGGCGUCUGGGACAAGUACGUCUCGUCGUUCGCCCUUUGCGCCGCCGCGGUCUCCGAGAUUAUAGGCGUCAUUUUCAUCUACGGCUGGCAAAACUACCGGCACGAUCUCGAGACGAUGUUCGGCCCGCCCAAGUCGACAUUCGGGAAAUAUUUCGGGUUCACGGGCUACUACUUUUUCAUGGUCUUCCUCGCCAUCGGCCCCUGCAUGUCAUUUUUGAUGGUCAUCUUCUCGGUGACGCAGGAUCGGUUGCAGUACGGCGAGGGCCACCCGUAUCCGAUGUGGACGGAGACGCUCGGCUGGCUCCUCGGACUUGCCCCAGUCGCCUGCCUGCCCGCCUUUGCGAUUUGGCACAUUGCUUCCUACCGUAAUCAGGGAGAUCCGAACGGAGCGUUCCGCGUCCACCCUACGCACACCUCCUAUCGACGACUGCAGCUCGAGGCGAACGCGGGCAUCUCGAUGCCCGGCGUGCUCGACGGGUGCCUGAACGGCACGCUCGAGCCGAUCAGCGAGCGAGGCACCACCACCGACUCGACGCACCCAACCACCGAGCCCAGCGACACUUCCAUCCACGCCAUCAAGCGCGUCGAGUUCGACCCGAGGCCGGAGACCCACGAGAGGCUGUCUGAUGAGAAGCCCAUCUCCGUG